AUGGUAGGUUCUCUAAGUGUAAUAUAAUUUUUGGGAUCAUUUCUUUUAGUUGGGAUUCCUCCAUGCGUGUCUUGAAUCUAUGGUGAUUCGAUAUAACGGGCCGGAUGUAUACAAACAAGUACUGUAAGUCUGAUCACAAAAAUGUUUUAAUCAGUGUAAUAUCAGUAGAACAGCUGGUUACGAAGAUGAGAUCGAAUGGGACACCCGGCUAGUGUAUCCAGAUAAUGAGACUUAUCGAUUGUUUCGAGCUCUGGGAACCGUCUUGGGACAGAGUUCUGAAGAAGUUUGGGAAAACUUUGGAGUAUGGAUGUGCAUUUAUGUGGUGGAGAACGGAUGGGAGAAGUUCCUUAACUGCAUUGCCAACGAUCUCCAUGAAUUUCUGGACAAUCUCUCUUCGAUGCAUUUCUUCAUCGAUCAGAUCGCGUUUCAGGCCGAAAUGAGAGGACCUAGUUUUAAAUGCGAGGCCAAAGCUGAUGGGUCCCUUAGGUAUUUAUGAAAUUAGGGACUAUUAUUUAUGAUUUACUGCUCUUCUUGCAGACUGCAUUACUACUCAGUACGAAAGGGCCUGUUCCCCUUGGCCAAGGGAAUGGUUAAACAAGCUGCUAGGACUCUAUUCGGGAUCGAGAUUACGAUCGUGGUCUCGGAGAGAUCUCAGGAACGACGGAACGAUGUCCUCACUGAGCAUGUCAUCUUCACCUUGGAGUCGGCUGAUGAUGGAAUGCCUUUGGCCAAGCCGAACUCUUACCGUAACACUCUGAUGUCCAAGGAUUCAAUCCCGAGACAACUCUCGAUGAGUGUCGCCUGUUUCUGUCGGAUAUUUCCCACUCAUAUCUGCUUUAACAAGGCUUUGAUUAUAGAGCAUUGCGGAGACUUUAUUCUUAAAGAGUUCUCAGUAGCGAAGAGAAGAAUGACCAAGAUUACCGAUCUCCUUACUUUAAUCCAACCUGAUGACAUUCCGAUGACUUUCAAGGCCAUCUUGACGUAUCUCAAUUCUCUUUUUAUUUUCCAAUUCAAAGAAAGUAUGGCCAGAAAUGAGUACAGUAAGACAGGAAAGAAGACUUUCUUCUCUUUAAAAGGUAGGAUAUUAUUGAUGACAUGAAAAGAUCUCUAGGGCAAAUGAUUCUGGUGAACAAUGGGAACAGUCUUCUUUACAUCAACUCCCCUCAUAUCAUCAAUCCAAAGGCUUUGUUGGACUCGAAUCUAUAUCUCAAUGAUAUGCAAAGGCAUGAUGCGACGAGAGAUUUGAUCAUGCUCAACCAAACCAGGAUAUCUCAACAAGAAAUAAAGUAUUACAUAAGUUGAAACAAAAACAUUUCAUUUUAGCAAGAAACUGGAAGAGAGUGCAAAAAGACUGCGAAGAUUGCAUGAAGAAUUGGACAGUAAGAAGAAGCAGAUCGACACAUUGUUAUACGAAUGCAUCCCCACAUCUGUAGCUAAUUCGUUGAGGAAUUCGGAGAAAGUGCAAGCAGGUCUGCUAGUGUAAUGUUUCGCUUAAUCUGCUCUUUAGAGGAGUUUAUGGACGUUUCUUGCCUUUGUUCCGACAUGCCCUUCUUCUCAGCGAUGUCUGUACACUGUAGUUCCAAUGAUACGGUAUCCAUAAUGACCGAAAUAUUUGCUCGAUUUGAUAGAUUGGUGGAUAUUUUGGAUGUGAGAAUAAUUGGUAGUAUGGCUAAUUUUUCUUCUAUUUUUUAGUGUUUCAAAGUUUAUACGAUCAUGGAUAAUUAUAUGGUGAUAGGAGGAGCUCCAGAAAAGCAGCCAGACCACGUUGAAAGGAUUCUGAAUCUGGCGAUUGGGAUGGUGAUCGAGGCGAAACAAGUGACCGCAACUGACAAGAAGCUCCCUUUGAUCCUCAGAAUCGGGAUUCACACGGGUUCUGUGGUCGGAGGGAUCAUUGGACAUCCAAAGAUGAGAUAUUGUGUCUUCUCGGAGACCGUAAAUGUCUGUAAAAAGUUGACUCAGCACACCGAACCUGGUCGUAUUUUGGUGACAAAUGCCGCCAAAUUAUUGGCAUCAAAAUCCACUCACAACAACUUUGUAUUCACUAAUCGAGGGUACCUGGGAAUCGGGAAUAACCAAGCCACUUGUACCUUUUUCCUGGAGAAAAACACAAAGAAAACUGUCUGGGAAAUCAUUCAGAAGAGUCGACGUAAGUAAUAUGCGAUCCCAGCACUUUCUUUUUAGCCGAAAACGCCUCAAGCAAUGGCCAGGCAGAGUUUGAAAACAAUGAUAGUAUAAGUGAUUGGAAAACAAUCGAUGGAAAUACGACCAGAACAAAGCCAGUGAUCACUCCCAAUCCACACAAACCCAAAGAUAAGAUGGAUCUGGUACGGAGGUUGGUGCUUUGGAAGGACGGAGUGGAGUACACCAAGUUGGAGAAGAGCAAGGAGGACUCCAGUGCUUGUUCCAUUCUUUGA